AUGGACAAUAAAGACCGAAGGUCGGUCAGGGACUCGGUAACGCAGUCAGCAGCUCCAUUACCUAGACCCCGUUAUACAUUUGUUGAGAGUGAUAUGUACUCUCUGAACACAAACCAUAGUCGGGAUAGUGAUUUUAGUUUUCUCCAGCCCGAAGAAGGUGAGAUGUACGAUGAGCAUGACGACCAUGAGUCGACCAACGAACAGGCCAAUAUUUUUCAACCUCCAGUACCGCCAAUUUCGUCUCAUCGACGUGGUUCCAAUACAUCUUCGGCCAGAGCACCAUCAGCAGCUUCCAGUACUGGUCCUGCUCAAGCUCUCUAUCAAAAUCAUGCUGCCAACAGCUCACAACAAACUUGGGCCAGUAGCUACCAUACCACCAAGGGAAGCAAUGGCAUGGGUGGUGGUCUCAACCCAAUCAACAGUGCCAGUUUACAUAACGGAUCGUCAACUAUUGUGGCAGAGGAAGGCACAGUUCCUGCCCAUCAAGCCAUCAAAGCAACCACUCCAUUUGACGAUCACCUCGAUCCCGCUCCUAUACCACCACCAGUCAAGCCAUACAGCGGAACAGGCUUUAAUGAGAAAAGUCUCGCAUCAGAUGGGCAGAUUGAUGGUACGGGCAUGCCAGACAAUGGAUCGCCCGAUGGCAAUGGAGCCAGUGGUAAGCGAGGUAAAAAGAAGCUGUGGAUUUUUAUUGGCAUUGUGGCUUUAAUAGCCAUUCUUGCUGCAGUACUAAUACCAAUUGGACUGUUAGUAAUUGGUAAAAAUAACAAAGAUACAUCCAGGACACAGCAAUCGCCAUCUUCAACAUCAGGCCCUAGUUCCACGUCGACUGCCACUAGCGACAACAGCAUACCAUCAUCUGCCAAGGGCACUAUUUUAGAUCCUUCAACUUGGUUAGAUAAGACGGACUUUAAUACUACAUAUACCAAUGCCACUGUCGGUGGACUAUCAAUAAUGGGUCUUAAUAGUACUUGGGACGACAGUGCUCAGGCGAAUCCACAUGUUCCUCCUUUAAACGAGCCAUUUCCAUAUGGCGAACUACCAAUUAGAGGUGUUAAUCUUGGUGGUUGGCUUGUUACUGAACCAUUCAUCACUCCCUCUUUUUUCAGUAACACCAGUAAUCCACCAAUUGUCGACGAAUGGACACUUGUCGGCAGUCUUAAUGCUAGCGGCGGUAUGGCCAAUGUUAAACAAACACUAGAAACACAUUAUGCCACAUGGGUUAAUGAGACCACGCUUCAAGAAAUCGCUGCUGCUGGUUUAGAUCAUGUUAGAAUUCCAUAUGGAUACUGGGCUGUGAAAACGUAUCCUGGAGACCAAUAUCUUCCACAGGUAAGCUGGAGAUACCUCCUUCGAGCUAUUGAGUGGUGUCGUAAAUACGGACUUAGAGUGUCGUUGGAUUUCCAUGCUGCUCCUGGAAGUCAAAAUGGAUGGAAUCACAGUGGCCGCCAAGGAUACCCACACUGGUUAAAUGGUACUCAAGGACUGGUAUAUGGAAAUCAAUCUCUUGAAUUGCACGAUCAGUUAUCAAAAUUCUUUUCUCAAGAUCGUUACAAGAACAUUAUCACAUUUUAUGGACUGGUCAAUGAACCCAAAAUGCAGACUCUUAAUAACACACUGGUAAUUGACUGGACAAGCCAAGCUUAUGAUAUCGUACGAAAUAAUAGCUACACUGGCAACAUUGUUUUUGGAGACGGCUUCUUAGGAGCAGGAGCCUGGAAAGGCCAGUUCCCUCCAUCUGCUUAUCCCAAUAUGACUCUGGACAUUCACCAAUAUACUAUUUUCGACACAUACCUCAUUGGUCUGUCACAUGAAGCUAAGCUUAACCUUGUAUGCAACCAAUGGGCAACCACUAUGAAUUUAUCGUCAAACGAAAUGACAGGACAUGGACCUACUUUGAUUGGUGAGUGGAGUCAAGCUGACAAUGAUUGCACCCUUAAUUUGAAUAAUGUCGGUGUUGGGUCUCGUUGGGAAGGUAACUUCAAUCCUGGAUACAGUACUCCCCCAGUUUUUACACCGUCAUGUGAUGGUGCUAUCAAUUGUACGUGUUCGCCCUCAAACACUAAUCCCGAUAACUACUCUGACGCAUAUAAAGAGUAUCUGUUGCAGUUUGCCGAAGUCCAGAUGGAAGUGUUUGAAUCCAAUGGUGGCUGGGGUUCAAUUUACUGGACCUGGGAUACUGAGCUCGUUGAAUCGAGUCAAUGGUCUUACAAAAAGGGUAUUGAGUAUGGAAUCAUGCCCAAAGUGGCCUACCAACGUACAUAUAAUUGCUCGUCACAAGUACCUGACUAUGUAGCACUGGGACUACCAGAAAACUAUUAG